AUGUUUUUCCUGAAAGAAGAGACCAAGGUCAUCACGAUGCACCCGUCUUUUUUUGGACCUAAUAUGCGCGAGUUCCUCAUUGCGCGCUUGAACGAGGAAGAGGAGGGUCGGUGUACGGGUGACCACUUCGUGAUUUGCGUGAUGGACAUGGUAGACAUUGGCGAGGGCCGAGUUGUGCCUUCGAGUGGCAGCGCCGAAUACACGAUCAAAUAUCGCGCAAUCAUCUGGAAACCCUUCCGUGGAGAGACGGUGGAUGCAAUCGUCACUUCUGUCAAGCCCACCGGCAUCUUCACAUUAGCUGGUCCCUUGUCCGUGUUUAUUGCGCGGAAAAACAUUCCCUCCGACAUCAAGUGGGAACCGAACACAGUACCCCCUCAAUACACCGAUCACGCGGACCAAGUGAUCGAAAAAGGCACCAGCUUGCGCCUCAAGAUCCUCGGUGUCAAGCCAGAUGUCGCGGCGAUCAACGCUAUCGGCACGAUCAAGGAGGACUACCUCGGACCCCUGUAA